AUGAGCUGAUUUCGGCCUCUCGGGACUCCGGGAACUUAAUCUGAAGCGGAGGGGAGCGGCCCGUCAAAGCCUCCUUGCUUUUUUUUUUUUUUUUACACUCCCCCCCCCCACCAGGCCCGCCCGCCUGCCAAAGCUGUGAUGCGUCCCUUUUGCGCAAGGGCGCAUUAUUCGCGGGCGCGCACCGCGCCGGGUCUUCCUGACUGGAUGGCUCACUCUAUGGCGACCCUCCUCGUAGCCUCUAUAAGAAGCCGGCCCUGGCGAGGGGAUCGCAGACAUGCUGCAAGGAGCCCACAGUUAGCAGGACGCACGGCGCUUCUCCCCUACUAGCGUUUUAAUUUCUCUUCUGGGAGUCAUCAGCCGGCGGGAUUGCCAGCAAGUGAGGCCCAAGGGGACUUUUUCUCCUGCAGCUUUUUCCCUUUUUUUCCCCUCUCUUCCUUUUCCCCUUUCCCCCCCUAAAAAACUUCAACUUGGGCUCUCACAUCUUCUUGACGAGCGACGGCCACUUCCCGGGCGCACGGUGCGCGCCUCGCCAGCGGAGCGCUUUGGAGACCGCAUCGCCAUCCCACCUCUCCACCCACCCAUCUAUCAUUCGCCGCUUCCAACCCCCCCUCCCCUCCUCUCCUGCGGUUCCGCCGAGCAGGCAGGCGAAGCGAUGAGCCCCGUGGCAUUAAUGCUAGGCUUGAAGACCUUGUGGGUUUUGGCUUUUUCCUCUCUUUCCAACACUCUAGCGGUGAAUAACAGCGGCCGAUGGUGGGGAAUCAUCAACGUGGCCUCAUCUACCAACCUACUGACCGACUCCAAGAACGUGCAGCUGGUGCUAGACCCUUCCUUGCAGCUCCUGAGCCGCAAACAACGCAAGCUUAUCCGCCAAAACCCAGGCAUCCUGCAUAGCAUCAGCAGCGGCCUGCAGAGCGCCAUCAAGGAGUGCAAGUGGCAAUUCCGUAACCGCCGCUGGAACUGUCCUACUACCCCAGGCCCCAAUGUGUUCGGCAAGAUUGUCAACAGAGGUUGCAGAGAGACCGCCUUCAUUUUUGCUAUUACCAGCGCUGGGGUCACCCACUCUGUGGCCCGUUCUUGCUCGGAAGGCUCCAUCGAAUCGUGCACUUGUGACUACCGACGGCGGGGCCCAGGAGGUCCCGACUGGCACUGGGGUGGCUGCAGUGACAAUGUGGACUUUGGACGGGUCUUUGGGCGAGAGUUUGUGGACUCCAACGAGAAGGGGAGGGACCUGCGCUUCUUGAUGAAUUUACACAACAACGAGGCAGGACGUCUGACCGUUUUCACGGAAAUGCGCCAGGAAUGCAAGUGCCACGGGAUGUCAGGCUCUUGCACUGUGAAGACCUGCUGGAUGCGUCUGCCCACUUUUCGGACCGUGGGGGACUUCCUCAAGGAUCGUUUUGAUGGCGCUUCCCGGGUUAUCUACGGCAACAAAGGCAGCAACCGAGCUUCCCGCAUGGAGCUGCACCAUCUGGAGCCAGAGAACCCAGCUCACAAGCCUCCUUCCCCUCAUGACCUGGUCUAUUUUGAGAAGUCUCCCAACUUCUGCACUUACAGCGGCAAGACAGGCACAGCAGGCACGGCCGGACGCUUCUGCAACAGCACCUCCCCAGCUCUGGAUGGCUGUGAGUUGCUGUGCUGCGGGAGGGGCUACCGCACCCGGACACAGCGCGUCACUGAGAGAUGCAACUGCACCUUCCACUGGUGCUGUCACGUCAGCUGCUUGAACUGCACCAACAUGCAAGUGCUGCAUGAGUGCUUGUGAGGGAAGCAAAGGACAUGCUUGGCCAACGAGUCAACGAGAAGCACCCAGCUCGGAGAAGAAGAAGAAGAAGACCUCACGAAAAAAUCCAGGCUGCAAGGCACUCGCCUCACAUAUAUGCACACACACACACAUACUCAUCUCUCUAUUUCCCCACCGGAGCACAGUAGCCUUUCUUGGCCCGAGACAUCUUUAUAUCUCACCUCUCCGUCUUGGGAGAAUCAACCCAGGUUGAAAUGGUUGCAGACAUCCAUGCGAAUCAACAAACGGUCAUGCAGACGUUUGCCAGGGCCAAGUGUGCAAGGAGCUCCUUUUGUGGUUUUUGCAUGCUAAUUGAGAUUGUCAUGUAGAGCAGGGGUCUCCAACCUUGGCAACUUUAAGCCUGGAGGACUUCAACUCCCAGAAUUUACAGA